AUGGAUCUGCUCAAAGCUGAAAUAGCCAACAAACGCAAGGCUCUUCAAGAAGACCCUGUCUUGGGAGAUCGUCCUUCCAAGUACAUGCGACGAGGAGACAUAGAGCGCCUCCGCGAAGAACGAGAACAGAAAGAACGAGAAGAACAAAAGAGGGCCGCUGAAGCUGCACGAAAAGCUGAAGAGGAGGCUGCUGCUGCUGCGAAAGCGAAGAAACAAAGUAAACGCUCCGUGACCCCUUCCAGCUCGAAAGGCGCUACCCCAGAUGUUCAACCUGAAGCAGAAUCUUCCAACGCGACAGAGUCGACAGGAUUCACCCUGUCAAAUGAAGAGACAAUUCGCAGGCUACGUGCAAAAGGCCAACCGAUUCGCCUCUUCGGAGAGCUCGAUAAGGAUCGCCGCCUUAGGCUUCGCGCACUUGAACUCAUAGAAGAGAAAGGCCAUGACAGGCAAGGAGGUCAAAAUGACUUCAAAAAGGCUCUCGAAGAUGUAGAAAAUAGUGAAAGGGAACUGCGCAACAAGUCCACGAAGGGCAAGAAAAGGGAGGACGAUCCAGGUGCUAAUAGCAUUCUUGACCUUGGACUCCUCAAAACCGAUCCGGACAAAUUGUAUCCAUUGAUUUACUAUGCAUUGAAGAGGACUCUAAAGGAAUGGGAAGAGGCCAUGGAUGAACGCCCAGAACAUGUUAAGCGGACGACUCAAGGCAAAUUAGCUGCCGCGACCCAAGUACAGUCAGCAGAGAACUUGAAGCCUUUAUUCAAAACCCUUCGCUCACGAUCUCUGCCAUCCGACAUGUUGGCCCGAAUGGCUGAAAUUGUGCAUUACAUGCAAAAACGACAAUAUCAACGUGCCAAUGACUCGUAUCUUCGUCUCUCCAUUGGGAAUGCGCCAUGGCCAAUUGGUGUGACGAUGGUUGGUAUUCACGAACGUUCUGCACGAGAAAAAAUUUCUGCGGAUCAAGUUGCUCAUGUAUUGAACGACGAGGUCAGUCGGAAGUAUAUCCAGAGUCUAAAAAGACUCUUAACCUUUUCGCAAACCAAAUAUCCUCCGGCAGACAUAUCCCAAUUGAUGGGAUAG